GGCAUCCCUGGUUUGCAUCGCCGUGUGUUUACAAAAAAAAAUCAUUCCAAAAAUUUAGUAUCGAAGUUCUCCAACUAAUUUCCUGAUUACUUGUGCAAAAAAUCCACCAAAAUGGGUCGCCGCUCGAUCAACACGACCAAAAGCGGUAAAUAUAUGAACCCGACGGAUCAGGCCCGGAAGGAAGCCCGUAAGAAAGAGCUGAAGAAAAACAAAAAGCAGCGGCAGAUGGUUCGUGCUGCCGUUCUGAAGGGGAAAGAUCCAGCCCAACUGAUCGAAGAAAUGGAGAAAAUCGACGAGAUGGAAUUCAACGUCUACCAGCCGUCACCGCUGAACGAAAAGGUCUUGAAGGAGAAACGUAAGAAGCUAAAGGAAACGCUGGACCGGGUUAUGCGGCUCUAUCAGGCGGACGAUCCGGACUUGUGGGCGGAACUUAAGAGGAAAGAGGUUGAUUAUGAAAAGCGGCGCAAUAAGCGAAUCCAAUACUACGAGAGCGUGCGACACGCUGAACAAGUCCAGGUGGAUGAUAUUCCCCUUCCGUCGAUGAACGAAACGCCGACCCCUUUGUCCAUACCGCGAAUCCCCAUCCCGCCAAUGAUACCGACGAUUGUUCCACAAGUUAAAGCUCCGCAAGCACCCCCGCCUAUUCUAAAGAAACCGGUAGAGAAUCCCAUAGAACCAUCGGAACCAGUUGACGAUGACGACGAUAUCCCAGGAUGUCCACCUGGUCCACCUCCGGAUAUAUUCGCUAUGCCGGAACUCGAUUUUGAUCUGGAAGAGUUCCACACUGAAACCCAAAAGAGCGUCAAAUUCUUCGAUGAUGCCGAUUCCCGAGACAACUCUGACGAUUCCGACGUGGAAAAACCGAAACAACCUAGCUCCGUACAACAGAAGAUGUUGGCCAUUUCCGGUCAAAACCUAGACGAGUUCAUGAAGGAGAUGGAAAACGUUCAAAAGAAGAAAGAUCUGCCGGACGCCAUAGCCGGAACAAUUUCGAUUCCGCAGAAGCCAACAAUAGCAUUGCCAAAUCCGGCUCCUCAUCCUUCCGAUCCAACGGUCAAAUACGUUCCGAUGCCGUCGAUUCCCAUGCCGGGACCUGCGCCAAUCCAGCCAGCUCUAAUGAUUCGACCCCCGCCGCUUCGUCCAGGCAUCCCGGGAAUACCAGGAAUGCGCAUGCCACCACGUCCUCCGCCAGGAAUCCCACCACGACUCGGCAUGCGGAUGCCACCGGGACCUCCCGCAGGCCCACCACCAAAGCACAUCCAGCAGCAGCACAUGCGCAACAUGAUGCAGCAACAGAAAGACCCCAAGAGCGCCACGAUUUCCGCCAAGCCGCAGAUCCGAAACCUGAGCGCCGACGUGACCCGCUUUGUACCGAGCGCCCUCCGAACCAAAAAGGACGAAGGAACCAAACGGCCACCUCAAGUGGGACACCACCAGAUGCCAGCGCAUCACUCGCACCACCACCACCAGCAGCAGCAGCAUCAUCCUCCUUCGCAUCACCAGCAGCACCACCAUUUCCAGCAGCAGCCGGGAAGGUCAGCUGGUGGCCCAGGCGGUGCGGAUCAUCAUCCGGGCAACAAGCCCAGCAAGGACGACGCCUAUAUGCAGUUCAUGAGGGAAAUGCAGGGAUUGCUUUAGGCUGGCGUUGGAAGACCGGAAGGUGUGCAUUUGCAGUGUUUUUAGUCGAUAGGAUUUAUUUCGUUUAUCACAAAAGCUUAAAUUAUAGAAAAUUUAAGGUUAAUAAAGCAUUCAAAAUACAUAACAAAAAUUGA